AUGGAGAAAAACCUGAAGAAUGUCUUAGUGGUGUCCUGUGGAUUCUUCCUUCUCUUCACGGCAUACGGGGGCCUGCAGAAUCUGCAGAGCAGCCUCUACAGUGAGAAUGGCCUGGGGGUGGCCACCCUCAGCACCAUCUACUGCACUAUGAUGCUGUCCUCAAUGUUCCUCUCACCUAUCCUCAUCAAGAGGUUUGGAUGCAAGUGGACCAUGGUGGGCGCCAUGUGCUGUUACCUGACCUUCUCCCUGGCCAACUUCUACGCCAACUGGUACACCCUGAUCUCAAGCUCUGUCAUGCUGGGCCUGGGUGCAGGUCCUCUGUGGUCUGCUCAGUGUACCUACAUCACCACCAUAGGGAAUUUGCAGGCACAGAAGAAGGGAAAGCUUGUCAAGGAUGUGGUAACCCAGUACUUUGGCAUCUUCUUCCUUAUAUUCCAGUCUUCUGGAGUGUGGGGCAACCUCAUUUCCUCACUGGUAUUCAGCCAGACAACCAAUAAAGAGGCUAUCCCGGAAGAUCAGCUCAUGUUCUGCGGUGCCAAAGACUGCGGCUCGAUGGGUACAGAGGCCAGCAAUACUACCCAUCGUCCGUCGCAGCAACUGAUCUACACGCUGCUGGGCAUCUUCAAUGGCAGCAGUGUCCUGGCCAUCCUACUGAUAUCUGUGUGUCUCGAGUCUGUGGAGAACAGACUGGUGAAUGAAGGGGAGGCAAGGCCCGAACCGCCACCUGUCUGGUCCACUGUGCUGUCCACCUUCACGCUCUUUAAAGACAAGCGCCUGUGCUUUCUGAUACUCCUCCCACUGUACAGCGGGCUCCACCAAGGCUUCCUCUACGGAGAGUACACAAAGUCCUUUGUUACCUGCGCCCUGGGCAUCCGUUUCGUGGGCUACGUAAUGAUCUGCUUCUCGGGUUUCACCUCCACGUGUUCCAUGCUGUGUGGGAAGAUCGCCAAGUACAUCAGCAGGACUGCGCUCUAUGGGAUGGGUGCUACCAUUCACCUCUCUUGCAUCACUACCCUCCUUCUGUGGCGCCCAGCCCUGGCUCAGCUGCCUGUCUUCUUCAUCAUCCCCGCCCUGUGGGGAAUGGCAGAUGCCGUCUGGCAGACACAGAACAAUGCUUUUUACGGUAUCCUGUUUGAGUCGAAAAAAGAAGCUGCCUUUGCGAACUACCGUCUUGGGGAAGCCUUGGGGUUCCUCACCAGCUUUGUGUACAGCUCGUUUCUGUGCGUGAGCACCAAGCUCUACAUUCUCUUGGGCAUGUUGAGCACGACCAUAACGGCUUACGGGACUGUUGAGUACAUGGAGUCCAGGGCUGCCCGCAAGGUCCCCGCUCCCACAGAAGAGAAAAGCCAGCCAGAGAAGGGAGGAGUGAAAGAAAUGUGAACGCAGCCAAGCUGUGGCCCCACACUCGGCCCGGGGGCGGCAGAGGUGCCGUAUGCAACGGUGCAGUAG